UCGAUACAUUAUUAUACCGAUACCAAUACCAAUACCAAUACCUACCUACCUACCUUGUACCUCCCGCUUAAACACAACAUUGAACAACUCGACCUGCAACUCGACCUGCAACUCAACUUGCACUUCAAACAUAUCCUAUAUAGUAAACACCUACAAGUUUACUACUGUUAACAGUCAAUCAAUCAUCAUGUCGGGCCCAGAGGAGCCGCAGUUGUCCGAUGCUGCUCCCCAGGUGCAUGGAUCGCCUGCCCCCUCGGACAAAGACACGGAUACCUUUACCUUGGAUACCUACGAAGAUGCUGUCGACACAGGUUCUGUGAGAUCUCUCAUAAAUCGCAAAUUAUCCCCUCGCCCUAGUAGACCUACUAGUGGCACUACCGACGGUGCUUCAGAAGCUCCGGGAAGCCCACCACUCAAGGAACAGCUGAAUGGAGAUUCAGGUAAAGAAGACGACAAUGAAGAGGAAGAGGAGGAGGAUAAAGAGAAACAGAACGGUCACGACGAUAGCAACGACGUAGAAGACGACAACAUUUCUCUUGCUAAAUCCAUAUCCGCAUCUAAGCGUACUUCGAAUGCGACCCUGGAUAAUGUCGACCUUAGUGAUGGGGCAGAUGAUAACAUGACUAAUGGCACUACCAAUGGCAUCACCAAUGGCGUCACCAACGGCGUUACUAAUGGAGAUUCCGACGGUGUCACUGAUGCUGUUGCCGAUAAUGUUCCCGACAGCAUUGUUACUCCUCCAGAACCACCAAAAAAGGAACUACCCGUACAGGCGGCAAAACAGCCUUCCAAGAAACUUUCCCUCAGCAACAUCACCAGCUCAUUGUCAAUGCCAUGGUCUCCAGCUCCUUCGAAUAACGAUACGCCUCCUAAGACGAGCCCGAAUCCGACCACUAGUAGCACUGCUGCUCCAACCCCUGCCCGAAAAGGAGGGCCAUUCUCUUGGCUAUCACGAAACUCCUCGAAAGAGGCUGCCACAUCGCCGGCGCGGAGAAACACGACAAGCUCGAUAGCCACGUUAACUAGCAAUCCAGAUAAUAUGCUCGGCAAGCUCGAUGAGGAGAAUGAAGGUGGUGAGGGUGGGCCUCGUCUAUCGAGAAAUAGCCUCAAGGAUAGGUUUAAGUUGGUUAGGAUGCGAGAAGAGGCCGGAAUUUCUCUGAGUCCUGGUGAUGAGGAAAAGUCACCCGGCCUUGUCAGCCCAUCCAGUGAGAACAGCCAAAACGAGUUUACUGCUGUACCGCCUCCAGCCUCACCCUUACCGCCAAACGCGGACAUCAAUCUUGCGCCUGGCACUGUCUCAGGUGUAUCUGCUGGCCCUUCGACCGUUCCUGAUGCCCAAGUUGAUUGGGAUUUAUGGCAGUCUGUCGUCUACGAAGGCCCUGCUGCUGUUGCCAGAACAAACCCGGAGGAACUUAAUGCGGCGAUUGCUACGGGCAUUCCUAAUGUGAUUCGUGGUGUUGUAUGGCAAGUGCUGGCGCAGAGUAAGAGUGAGGAGUUGGAGAGGGUGUAUAGGGAGUUGGUACUCCGAGGCUCUGAAAAGGAGAAUCGAAACAGCAAUGCUACGUCGGUUAGCGUUUUGAGCAACGGUAAUCUGAGCUCCGAGAAAGAUGCGGUGGCUUCUUCGGCCUCUUCUGUGCAUUCAGAAGUCUCCGGAGCUAGUGGCAAGAAGCCAUUGCCCACUCCACCAGAGCCAUCGGAGGCAGCCUUGAAGGCUCAAGCCUUGGCCUUAGCCGAGAAGAAGAAGAAAGAAAAGGAGGAUGUAGCGGCAAUACAGAGACUUGAAAAGACCAUCAAACGGGAUCUUGGUGCUCGAACAAGCUUCUCCAAGUAUGCCGCCGCUCCAGGCCUACAAGACGGGUUAUUUGGCGUCUUAAAGGCUUACGCACUGUACGACGAGGCAGUUGGGUAUGCCCAAGGAAUGAACUUCCUCAUCAUGCCGCUCCUUUUCAAUAUGCCGGAGGAAGAGGCCUUUUGUCUCCUGGUCAAAAUGAUGAAUCAGUACAAACUACGUGAUCUCUUCAUCCAGGAUAUGCCUGGUCUGCACAUGCAUCUCUACCAAUUUGAGCGGUUGCUAGAAGAUUUUGAGCCUGCCCUAUACUGCCAUUUGCACCGUCGCGGCAUUUCGCCACAUUUGUAUGCAACACAAUGGUUCCUUACCCUUUUUGCAUACAGAUUUCCUCUUCAGCUUGUGCUUCGAAUCUACGACCUCAUCUUCUCGGAGGGCUUAUCCGCGAUCCUAAAGUUCGGCAUUGUCUUGAUGCAGAGGAACUCGACAACAUUGCUUGGCAUGACCGACAUGGGACAUUUGACAAACUUCCUCAGGGACAAGCUAUUCGAUGUAUAUAUCGACCAAUCCCCUAGUGCUGGUAGCAUCCUGGAGAAUGGGUUCUUUGGCAGCAGCUCUUCGAGCCUGGAUAAAGAAGUAUACCGAGCCGACCAGCUAGUUCGGGAUGCAUGUGAAGUGAAGAUCACGCCCGAAAUUCUCAAAGCAUACACUACCGAAUGGGAAGACAAGACGCGCACCGAGAAGGAGCGAGAGAAAGAACUAGAGCAACUGAGGACGGCGAACGCAAGUUAUGCUAUAAAGAUCCGGAAGCUUGAGGAACGUCUCGAGGUUAGUGACCGCGAGCAAGCAACGGUGACAACUGAUCUCGUCCAUACCAAGAUCGAGAAUGAAGAACUUAAAGAUAAGAAUGAGAGCUUGAAUGGCCAAGUUAAGGAACUUCGCAACGUUAUCGAGAAGCAACCUGAGGAGAUUGAAGCGGCUUGGAGGCUUGAACAAGAAGAUCUCAUGAAGAGGAAUGAGAAGGUCCAUGAUGAGAACCGAAGACUUGAAAAGGAGUUACAGGAACUUGAAGAGGAGCUAGUACAGACGAAGAUGCGAUGUGCUGAGAUCAAUUCCCAACACGAGACUCUUCAGAGGAAAUGGGCCGAUCUCAAGCGACACAUCGCUUAAAAUGUCACUCCUUAUUAACAUAGCUCUUCACCAAAACCUCUCGUGUUUCCAAUUCAUAUUCUUGUACAAAGUCAAUACUCCUACAACCGUUUGCAGUCAUAGUCAGUCCAUUAGGAGAGGAUGGAGAGCCAGUGGACAGGCAAGCAUUUAGGGAUAUACCCCGUUUACCAAGUUAGGGUAUCUACGAAGUCAGGUUUUUUGUCUUUACGUUACGUUGGUCGUCGU